GGCCGCCGCGGAGCCGCUCGCACUCCGGCCAGGUCGACCGUCCCAGCGCAGCUCCGCCGCCGCCGCCGCCGCCUCUUCCUCCUCCUCCUCCUCCUCGACGGACUUCUGGCAAGUGCCCCGCCGCCGCCAUGGACGCCAUCAAGAAGAAGAUGCAGAUGCUGAAGCUGGACAAGGAGAACGCGCUGGACCGCGCCGAGCAAGCCGAGGCCGACAAGAAGGCCGCCGAGGAGCGCAGCAAGCAGUUGGAGGACGACAUUGUGCAGUUGGAAAAGCAACUGCGGGUCUCGGAGGACGAGCGGGACCGGGUCCUGGAGGAGAUGCAUAGCGCCGAGGACAGCCUCCUCACUGCGGACGAGAAGGCCACCAAGUUGGAAGAUGAGCUGGUGUCCCUGCAAAAGAAGCUGAAGAGCACCGAGGAUGAGCUGGACAAGUAUUCGGAGUCUCUGAAAGAUGCCCAGGAGAAGUUGGAGGUGGCCGAGAAGAAAGCUGCAGAUGCUGAGAGCGAUGUGCAAUCUCUGAACAGGCGCAUCCAGCUGGUGGAGGAGGAGCUGGAUCGCGCCCAGGAGCGCCUGACCACGGCCCUGCAGAAACUGGAGGAGGCUGAGAAGGCCGCUGACGAGAGCGAGAGAGGCAUGAAGGUCAUUGAGAGCAGAGCCCUGAAGGACGAGGAGAAGAUGGAGAUUCAGGAGAUCCAGCUGAAGGAGGCCAAGAACAUCGCUGAGGACGCCGACCGGAAGUACGAGGAGGUGGCCCGGAAGUUGGUGAUCAUCGAGAGCGACCUGGAGCGUGCGGAGGAGCGGGCCGAGCUCUCAGAAAGGUGCGCCUCCCUCCCUCCCUCCCUGGCUGCUGCUGCUGCUGCUGCUACUGGCCUUGCGCUGCCCGUGGAUGUGGUGGCUGCUCUGGUGCCCUGGCUGUGCGCCCCAGUGGACGGGGCUGCUCUGUGUCCGUCCCCCAUCCCCCACCCCCGUGCCUGUGUUUGCCUCUAUGUGUUUCGGGCCGUGUUGGGGUUGGGGGGGGCCCUGGUGUGGUUUGGGUCACUGCAUGCU